AUGCCCAUAAUCUGUAGGAGCCACUACCAACAGGGCCCAGGGAAGAAUCUGCCGUUUUCAGUGGAAAACACGUGGAGGCUGCUGCCCGUAACUUUGUAUUUUGGGUCUGGGUUUGCAGAAUCCUUCUUCAUCGUCUGA